AUGCUCGACGCAUCGCCCGACGUUUCUGCUGGAAAUGCCGCGGGCCUCGACCCGUCACUGUCGACCGAGAAUGGCUUCUGUCCGGGCUGCAAGAAGUCGGUGGUUGAUGAGAAUGGUGGUGUGGUGGUGGCUUUCGGGCAAUCAUUCUUCCAUGUGGACUGCUUCAAGUGCGCCAAAUGCGGCAAUCAAGUGACGGCAGACACCAAUCUCCUCCUCCUAUCUGACGGUUCGCCGAUAUGCGCGAACUGCUCGUACUCGUGCAAUGUCUGCAAGUUGCCAAUCCUGGAUGAGGCUAUCAUGACCGGCGACGACUCAUAUCACGCUCAUUGCUUCAAGUGCAAAGUGUGCAAGAACCGCAUCGACGAGCUUGUGUUCGCCAAAACGAGCCAGGGGAUAUACUGCAUGAACUGCCACAAUCAGCGUGUUGCGCGAAGCAGACGGCACGCCCAGCGGCAGCGCGAAAAGGAGCAAGAGCGGCAACGCGAGCGAGAGAGGGCGGCGGCUGCCUUGACGGCGCCUGGAACGACCGGUGCAGACACUUCAAGCAGACGGGAUCAGUCAGAUGGGGCUGCGUCUCCUGCGUCUACGACCACAAAGUCGCCGCCCACUGCACUGCCUUUGUCAAAGAGGCCAUCUACAGCGGCAACUGCAGAGCCAGCACGCUCAUCGACGUAUGACUCGUCGGUUCAGAGCUCUUUGGGUAGAUCUGUGGUUCCGUCAGGCUCGCGUGCCGACUCGUUGGCGGUUCCGGAUGGGUCUGAUAGGUCGUUGCUUUCUAGGAAGAGCUUUGACGGAGGUGUGCGACCUCCGCUACGCACCACCCCGAGCGCCAACUCUCUUAGCACCACCGCCAGCAGCAGCUCUUAUGGUUUGGGGAUACCCAACGGCGAGACAUCGCGCAAAGACAAACGACGAUCAAUUAAUCCUGCGAUGGCGCUGGGAAGCAGCAGCACGGUAUCGUCGCCAGCAAACGUCACCCCCUCCUCGUUCCUUCCUUCUCCGUCUUCAGCGCACGACCCUCGUCCGUCGUCUCCAUUCCAUGACUACUUCACCGCCGGACACACCAUGUCCCCGCCGACCCACACUGACAAUGCCGAUUUCACCCCCUUCUCGCGCAUGGGCGCCUCCUCCACACGCCCAUCUACCCCGCUCUCUGCCCGAGGUUCGAUUGAGCACGGUGGCCAGAGAGAGCGCACUUAUUCUGGCCCUACACCAUACCGCAGCCUGGAGCAGACACCGCGUGGGCCAUCCCGCUCAGGGCCAGGCCUACCGUCUCGUCCUAACGCUCGUCCGGAUCAUUUACGAGAAUCCCCCUCGGCGGGUGGUCUGCCGUCCCGGCCAUCGAGCAUUCCGACGCCCACGUCUCCUUCGCAUCGUGUUGACGUUCCCCACGGAAUCGAGAGUGGGACGGACACUGAAGCAGAGUCUGACGAGCACCGAAUGACGACGGAGCCUGAGAGCAUGCUUGAUCUACCACCUGCAUUGCCACCGAAGGAUUCACCGAGCGGGAAACCGGGUAUGCGGCCGCCCCUUUUACGGCUUGAUACAGCGGACAUCAGGCGUGAUACGUCUGAUGCUAGACGUCUCGACAGCGAAGAGCCUACCGACUCGCCCGAAUCCUCCCCAGUAGAACGUACCUCCCAUGCGACAUUCAUUGCCCCUGCUCUACCACCUAUACGGAUCUCCAUGGGUGGUACGGACUUCUCAGAGCUGCUCAAAUCCGUGGGCGGAAAUGUGUUGAAGCUGGAUCAGAUUGCUGAAACAACAAAGGAAGGUGGGCGCAAGCUCGAUCUUUCUGCUGCAUCUCCGAGUGCCUUCAUGGCCUCGGAUAAUUCAGCACACUCCCGAACAUUGGGAGGCUCCUCGCACGCGCCUUCUCCCACAUCAACUUUGGACGAGAACAAUGCAAUUCGACGCUCCCUUGAUGCUUUGUCUGGUCGUCGAGACUCGCUUACUUCAUCCACACACACUCAUAUCAAAGUAACCGCCCCGGAUAAUGGCCCUGAACCUCUGCGAACUAGCUUGUCUGACUCAUUGAUGAGACAGCUCCAGGAUAUUGUCACCUAUGCUGCUGAUGAAGGCUCGCCGCACGUCGUUCUUGAGUUAGACCUCGCGCAGACGUUACUCAAGCUCUUAGCGGAAGAGAAGGAUGCUUACAAUGACCUGAAACGCAAGUUUGACGGCAUGAGGAGAGCGAGUCAGCGAUAUGAGGACGGUCUCACUGUCGCACAGACAGAGUACGAUCGAGAGUUGAAGGGUCGCCGAGACGCGGAAGCGGAGGUCACUCGGCUUCGGGUCUUGUUAUCUGGUCAGGCGGUCAGACUCUCAGCCAUUUCAGCCGAUACAAAGAGGCAGGAGGCCCAGAAGCAACUAUCGGAAGAAUUGAGCAAGAAUUUGUCAGAUCUUGGCCGAUCAGUCUCUAAACUGAAGGUCGACCGUGAUCUCGUUCUGGCUGAAGUAGAACAACUCUCUGCUUCUAAGAGUUCACCAGCGGUUGAUAACGAAGACGGUGCUGGUUCGUUCACCCGGGCAUUGUCGAUGCGCUUUGACAACAUCAAGAAUCAGUAUCAGCACGAACUACUUCCCCUGACAGAGCAGCGCGAGGCUCUCAUGCGAGAGAUCACCGAGUUGAAAGCAUCCCGCGAGGCUUUCCUAGAAGAAACAACUGUGCUCAACGCGAGGAAUGAAGAACUCGCGCAGCUGAAUGCCCAGUAUGUGCGUCGUCUGGAAGCGGUCGGACUGGAUAGUUCUGCCGCUAGGAACGACAACAGCAGCCAGGAAGGAUCGGACAUGACGCACGACAGGUAUAGGCAGAUCCAGGAUCUGUCAUCCUCAGUCACAUCAUCUACUGUCGCCUUCACUGAAGAGUCAGCUGAGUCCAAGUUCAUCAAGGUUUCAAAACCAGAUGUGAUGGAAAUGCCAGGACCUCAGACCAAAGCUGGUAAAUUCAUCAAAUGGCCCGGCCACAAAACGCCUAAAGAGAACCUUCCGAUGGUAUCAUGGCCCGAACCUUCCAAGCCUAAGGGUGGUAAGGAACAUGCUUUCCAGCAGAUCAGCGUGCUGCGGGUGGCGCGCUGUGACCACUGCGGCGACAAGAUGUGGGGCUCUCAGUACCGCUGCACGGGUUGCAACUUUGCUGUCCACAUCCGUUGUCUUCCACAUGUUCAAUCUACUUGCUCGCAGCAGGGGGUUAAUAGCCGUGAUGAACCCUCUCGACCCCUGGCUCCUCUGCCACCAUCUAUGUUUGGACGGGACUUAACAGAGCAAGUCAGAGCAGAAGCGCGUGAUGAGCCAAGGCCCAUUCCUAUCCUUGUCGAGAAAUGCAUCGAGGCUGUCGAUGCUUUAGCCCUGGAUCUUGAGGGUAUCUACCGGAAGACAGGCGGCUCUAGUCAAGUGAAGAUGAUCACUCAGCUCUUUGAACGCCAAGAGUACCGCACGUUCGACCUAUGCGAUACCGAGCGAUUCAACGACAUAUGCAGCGUCACCUCCGUGUUGAAGACCUACCUCCGCUCCCUUCCCGAUCCCCUGAUGACCUACGCUUUGCAUGCAAAGUUCACAUCCGCUGCGAACAUCCGCGAUCCUGAGGCAAAGAGUAAGGCAUUGCUUGAAUCCGUCAAUGAGCUGCCAAAGGAGCACUAUUACACUACUCGCGCGUUGAUGCUCCAUCUGCAUAGGGUGAGCUUACACGCAGACGUCAACCGCAUGAAUGCAAGAAAUCUGGGAGUAGUCUUCGGACCCACACUUAUGCGCUCUCGCGACUUUGUGAAUGAGUUCGGCGAUAUGGCGGGCAGUACCCUCUGCAUGGAAUGGCUCAUAGAGAACGCGCCAUCCGUGUUUGAGCACGCGCCAUCCUUCGCCGCAUGA